UAGGUCAUAUAAAACUCAGCUUCACGCUGAUAUAUCUCUCAUUAGUUCUUUGUAAACUGGAUUAGGCGGUAACUGUGACAGUGACAGUGACAGUGACGAACAGUCGCAACUUUUCUACCAUGCUGCGAGUACUCAUAAUUGGCUUACUCUUAUUCUGGCUCUGUGCCGGCCUCGGCCAUGUUGAGGGCCUUGCAUAUUAUACGGAAAAGCCCUCAUAUAUCGAGUCGUGUCGCAUUAAUGAGCCUGACUUCACCAAUUGCUCAACUCGUUCCAUACAGGGUUUCCUCAAUGAGGUCAUCAAAGGUAUACCCGAGAUUGAGAAGUCCUUUGGACCCAUAGACCCCAUGAGACAAGAUCAGCUUAUUUUCAAGCAGGAUAACAGUGAUGUGGACAACAUCUCGGCCAAUCUAACCAAUUUGGUAAUACGCGGCUUUGGCAAAGUGGUCGUCAAAGAAAGCAGGGUGAACAAGACGGACUUUAGCUGGGCGGAAAAGAUUUACUUACCACGAUUACGUAUGGAUGGCAAUUACAAAAUGGUGGGAAGAAUUCUACUCGUUCCCCUAAACGGUGGUGGCAGCCUAUUCAUCGAGAUAGAUGAUGUUGAUAUUGAAAUGGAUACCAAGACGCGACUCUAUGAAAAGGGGGGCUAUACGUUCUUCAAUGUGACUGAUGUGCAUGUGAAGCUGCAAAUGGGGAGAUUGAGAACCAACUUGGAGAACCUCUUUAAUGGUCGCAACAAGGAAUUGGAGGAACGAACGAAUCAGUUCUUCAAUGACAACUGGCAAGAUUUCUAUGAAGCAAUGCGACCACUGAUUGUGGAAACUUUGGAACGCACAUUAUUGGAUCUGCUGAAGAAGAUGUUCAAUGUGAUGCCCGCCAACUUCUUUGUGGAGGACAUACCCAACUCACUGCUGUUGUAUGGUCGCAAAACACGUCUGGUAUCGUAGAAAUAUUUACUUAUUGAGAAAGAGAUUAGCUUACAGCUGAUUGUUAUACACGUAGUUAAAUAAUAAAUGCAAAAGCUAAACA